CUCAAAGUAUACACCUGAGAAAUUUCGUCGACGAUUUCGGAUGGACAUCGAAUUAUUCCAACGAAUUUUGAGAGCAAUUGAGGCAUAUGAUGAUUAUUUUACAUAAAAGGUUGACGCGAUCGGAAAACCCGGGCUGAGUCCUUUACAAAAAAUCAUAGCUUCAAUACGUAUGUUAGCAUAUGGUUGUGCAGCGGAUAUUCUUGACGAGUAUGUCCAAAUUGGAGAGAGCACGGCAAUUGAGAGCUUGAAACGAUUCUGCGAUGCUAUAAUUGGCAUUUUUGAAAAGCAAUAUUUACGAAAACCGGACAAAGAUGAUGUCGCAAAACUUUUGAAAGAGGGAGAAGACCGUGGAUUUCCAGGUAUGCUUGGUAGUUUAGAUUGUAUGCAUUGGCAUUGGAAAAAUUGUCCAACGGCUUGGCAUGGGACACAUACUAACGGUUUCAAAAGAGUUCCAACUCUUAUUUUGGAAAUCGUAGCUUCUAAAAAUUUGUGGAUUUGGCAUGCAUUUUUUGGAAUGGACGGUACAAAUAAUGAUGUUAAUGUUUUAGAUAAAUCUCCCUUAUUUGAUGACCUUGUUAAUGAUAGA